AUGGCUGAAGACUCUGAGUUAUGGGAUGUAAUAUGUGACAGACCUUUUGACCCUACAAAGAACCUUGGUGAUCCAGCUGUAGCCAUUCCCAAGACGUCAAAAGAGAUCUGGGAGGAUCUUAAGAUAGCUCACGAGGGAACAACUCAGGUGAAACAAUCCAAAAUUGAUAUGCUCACAAUAGAAUAUGAACUCUUCAGAAUGAAAGAUGAUGAAUACAUCCAAGAUAUGCAUACUCGAUUCACCUCCACUAUCAACGAGCUUCACUCUCUUGGUGAAAGUAUUCAAAGAACAAGCUUGUUAGAAAAAUCCUUAGUGUACUGCCCAGUUCUUGGGAAAGCAAAGUUAACGCCAUUACAGAGGCUAAGGACUUACAGACACUGA